GUCCUAGGUAUAAAAAUGUUAAAUCAUGUAAUUAUCUUCCUAAUUCAUGUGGCCCUCGUGUCUUUGAUUACAAAUAAAAUAUUACCCAUUGCUGUAAUUGACUCUGACAAGUCUGAAUUUGUCUUUUUUUGUUUCUUUAACUUUAAAUAUUUUCAAUUUUCAAUGUUCAUUCAUAAAAAUAUCAAAACCAUUUUCAUGGUUCAAUAUCCAAGAAUCCACUCCUAUCAAUAACGAUUCUACUUGGUAUAUUCUGAGAUCUUCUUUUGUUAAAUCUCUACAAUUCCCCUGAUGACUCAUAAAGUUUGAAUCUUUUAACCUCAAUCAAACUAUAUUCAGUUUCUCAAUAGAGAAUUUCGAAUCUUCUUUCGAUUUAUACGUCAAAAAUGGUGUUUGAUAAAGAAGCAGGAUCUUCAUCCCAAGCCCUAAAAGCUCCACCACCGCCGAGGGAGGACACGCCCUUACUCGGUAGCCAAAAAUCAUUAUCAUCUCAAGGCAAGACAUUUGCUAAUGUGUUUAUUGCCAUAGUUGGUGCUGGUGUACUGGGCUUACCGUACACCUUCAUGAGAACAGGUUGGGUAUUGAGUCUCCUUACGAUGUUCGGCGUGGCCGCUCUUACUCACCGAUGCAUGAUGUUGUUGGUCUACACCCGCCGGAGACUCGAAUCCUUUGAUGGGUUCACAAAGAUAUCAUCUUUUGGGGAUUUGGGUUUCAUUGUUUGUGGCUCAUUUGGGAGAAUAUUGGUUGAUGUUCUUAUAAUCUUAGCUCAAGCUGGGUUUUGUGUUGGUUAUCUAAUCUUCAUAGGUAAUACUAUGGCUAAUCUCUUAACUUCACCAACUACAUCUUUGAAAACUACUAUGACCCUUUUGAGUUCCAAGAUAUUGGGGUUGAAUCCCAAGAGUUUUUACAUAUGGGGUUGUUUCCCUUUCCAAUUAGGGUUGAAUUCAAUUCCAACAUUGACCCAUCUUGCCCCUUUGAGCAUUUUGGCUGAUGUGGUUGAUCUUGGAGCAAUGGGUGUUGUGAUGAUUGAAGAAGUUAUUGUUUUGUUGAGUAAUAGGCCUGUGGUGAGGGCUUUUUCAGGGUUUUCUGAGUUUUUGUAUGGUUUAGGUGUGAUUGUUUACUCCUUUGAAGGGAUUGGAAUGUGUUUACCAUUGGAAUCUGAGAUGAAAGAGAAGAACAAAUAUGGUAAAGUAUUAGCCUUUACAAUGGGGUUCAUAUCAAUAAUGUAUGGGAGUUUUGGAGCUUUGGGUUACUUUGCUUAUGGGGAUGAAACACAAGAUAUGAUCACUGCUAACUUGGGUGCAGGAUUGAUUAGCAUCUUGAUCAAGCUUGGACUUUGUGUGAAUCUAUUUUUUACCUUACCUAUAAUGAUGAACCCGGUUUAUGAGAUCAUUGAGAGGAGGUUUUGGGGUGGGAGGUACUGCCUGUGGUUAAGAUGGCUUUCGGUUUUUGUUGUGACUUUGGUGGCUUUGUUGGUCCCAAACUUUGCUGAUUUCUUGUCUUUGGUAGGCAGUGGGAUUUGCUGUGCAUUGGGGUUUGUUUUGCCUUCUUUGUUUCAUUUCCUGGUAUUCAAGGAUGACAUGAAUCGAACUGCAUGGUGGUCUGAUGUGACUAUUUUCGUUUUGGGCAUUGGUCUUGGAGUUUCCGGAACUUGGUAUGCUUUGCAAGAAAUGUUUGCUGCUAAAGUGUAGAUAUAUAAUCAAUCUGUAACCGGUUUGAACUAUAAAAGCUUAUACCAAUGUAUUGAUGUUCUCUUCCUAUUAUCAUUUGUAAAUUUUGAAUUGUUUGAGUUGUUAAGUAUGAAUUUCAAUCUAAUGAACAAUUCUCUUCCUAUUUUUUCUUGAUACAAAUGGGUGGUUAUCUGUAAUUGCAAAUUAAGUGGCAACAACUAAGUAAGUAAUAUACAGAAACACGUAGUAACAACUAUGUUUGAUUAGUUGUACAAGGUAGAGAGAGAGAGAGAGAGAUGAGGUUCCAAAGUGGUGUAGUUGGGUUGGGUGAGAAUAGAAAAAGUCCCACAUGGAAAGUAAGAGAAGAGGAUAGAGAGAAAGAGAGUAUAAAAAAGAAGGAAGAAGGAUAGAGUAACAUACUUACCUGGACGGGGUCAAUGGGUGAUCAAGAAGGCCCAUGGCCUAGGCUGGUGACCUCCAUUGCACUUAGGAGGGGUGCCAGCUUAUGGUCUCCUCAAGUAGGAGAGCCAACGUCAUAAUUUGUGGUAGUGGGGGCCUGCGUUCGCGCGGCCCCUCCUCAA